CGCGCGCGGUUUACGUCACUAAUCUGCGCCCAGGUUUCCCGGCAGGUUCUCGGCGGCUCCUCUGGUGCUGGCCGCGGUGCGGCCGAAGGCUGUCCGAGGUAGGCUCUUCUCGGCUCUCCUAUGGAGGAGGCGGCGCUCACUGCAGUCCCGGAUGCACGAACUUCCCGCGGGACGUCGCCGGAGACGGUGGCUGUGUGCGCGCAGGAGCGAGCUGCCUGCGUGGGGGUCUGAGCGGGCACCGGGGUCGCGUCCCGGAGGGAGCCGAGUCGCCCGCCGGCCUGCGACGGCCCUAAGGGUGGAACUACUCUGCCGUGGUUAAAUACUUUAAAUGGGAAUUAAGGAUAGCGUUUCCAAGAAAAUGAGAAUGAAUAAAUCAUCUCUGUUUUUUAAAAGAAAGACCAUAUUAAACUUACAUGUUUGAGGACUGAGUCACCUUGUCUCCUGUACAAGCAGUUUCUCUGUUCGGUGAUCAAUGUCACUCACAGGAACUUAAGUAACUAACGAAAUGAGCCUGGGGCGUGGAAAAUAUGAUUUUUAUAUUGGUCUGGGAUUGGCUAUGACCUCCAGCAUUUUCAUUGGAGGGAGUUUCAUUUUGAAAAAAAAAGGCCUUCUGCGACUUGCCAGGAAAGGCUCCAUGAGAGCAGGUCAAGGAGGCCAUGCAUAUCUUAAGGAAUGGUUGUGGUGGGCUGGACUGCUGUCAAUGGGAGCCGGUGAAGUGGCCAAUUUUGCUGCAUAUGCAUUUGCUCCGGCCACAUUAGUGACUCCACUAGGUGCGCUCAGCGUCCUCGUAAGUGCCAUUCUGUCUUCAUACUUCCUAAAUGAAAGACUUAAUCUUCAUGGGAAAAUUGGGUGUUUGCUAAGUAUUCUAGGGUCUACAGUUAUGGUCAUUCAUGCUCCAAAGGAAGAGGAGAUUGAGACCUUAAAUGAAAUGUCACAUAAGUUAGGUGAUCCAGGUUUUGUGGUCUUUGCAACAUUUGUGGUCAUUGUGGCCUUGAUAUUCAUCUUUGUGGUGGGACCUCGACAUGGACAGACAAACAUUCUUGUGUAUAUAACAAUCUGCUCUGUGAUUGGAGCAUUUUCAGUCUCCUGUGUGAAGGGUUUGGGUAUCGCCAUAAAAGAGUUAUUGACUGGAAAGCCUGUUCUACAGCACCCCCUCGCCUGGAUUCUACUGUUUAGCCUUGUGGUCUGUGUGAGCACACAGAUUAAUUACCUAAACCGGGCUCUGGACAUUUUCAACACUUCCAUUGUGACUCCAAUAUAUUAUGUGUUCUUUACAACUUCGGUUUUGACUUGCUCAGCUAUUCUUUUUAAAGAAUGGCAGGAUAUGCCUGUUGAUGAUGUCAUUGGGACUUUGAGUGGCUUCUUCACAAUCAUUGUGGGGAUAUUUUUGUUGCAUGCCUUUAAAGAUGUCAGUUUUAGUCUAGCAAGUCUGCCAGUAUCUUUUCGAAAAGAUGAAAAGGCAAUGAAUGGCAAUCUUUCUAGUAUGUAUGAAGUUCUUAAUAAUAAUGAAGAAGACUUACCCUGUGGAAUUGAACACACUGGUGAAAAUAUUUCCCGUAGGAAUGGAAACCUGACAUCUUUUUAAGGACAUGUUUGAAACGUUAACCUAUAAUUCUGUUAUAAAGUGAUUUUCGAGUAUCAGAAUGUAUCUGAAAAAAAUUAUCCUCAAAUAAUGUCCUCUAAAGACAAUCUUUUUUUAAGUUUUCACUAAUUUGGAUCAAGAAAUUACUUUUCUUAUAGUUAAACAAUGGUAGCUCACUAAUAUGACCUCAGUACAUGGCUAAUUUCUAAUAACAUUGUAUUAUUGUAAAGGUAUUUUACAUUUUUAUUCAUUCUCCAGAAAUUUAAAUGCACUAAUGACAAGUUUUAAGCUUAUAAAAAUGUUUUAUUUUUUCCAUUGGUGAUGAACAUUAAAAUGUACAUUUGUGAUCCCAAUUCCAUCAAUACCUCAUCAUACUAAGGCUUUUUGAUUAUAAAGAUAUGUGUGUGUGAUUCUAAGAAAAUAAUUCUCAGGUGGUGAUUUGUCACCCAAACAUCUGGUUUCCCACACACAUCUGCUGGCCUCCUUUUGGAAAAACCCACUGUGCUAUCAGUCCGUACUUGCUGUUUCCAUAGUGACUAGAUCUCUGUGUCAUUUUAUGUGAGCUCUUGGACCUUUCAGUGUGGUUCAGAAUGGGUUAGAUUGUCAUUCAGCCCUUAACUCUGGGUUAUCAACAGAAACUUGUGUUUCCUUAAAUUUAGAAACUCAUGCUUGCAUAAAAUGGCAGGUUGGAACAAAAUCCUUAUUUUGAUCCUAAUUGCUUAGAUUUAAAAUGUUUGUAAAAUAGGUCUCUUUGAACCAAGUGAUUUAUUUUGCUUCAGAGUUUGCUUUUUUUUUUUUAGAAACUGUGAGAAAAUAUUUAGAAAAAUAUAAGCAGGUACAAAAAGGUUAGGCCAAUGUAAGGAACAUUCUCUGGCUUUAGACUUGCCCACUUCAAAGUCAUGUACUAGCUUAAAAAAAAAUCACUCCCCUCCAUCCUAUCCCUCACUGACAGGAAGAGCUGAAGCUGUUUCCUGUUCCUGCCCAUGGUUGUAUAGUAGCUUAGUAUACUGGUUUUGUGGGGGAAAAAAUAUUUAUUUUGGAGUGGGGGUAGCUUUGUUCUAUUUAUUAUUGGCACUCUUAAGGACUCUUGCCUUCUCUGACUGCCUCCCUCUAUGUAAGUCCUUUUUGGGCCAUACUUGGUUCCAGUCACAGGACCCAGUAUAUUCUACACAAAUGUUCUAAAACUGAGCUACAGUUCCAGCCUUCCUAUAUAACUUAUAAAUGUCAGAGAGAAUAGGCUUCCCCCUUAUCCUCACAAAUAUAAUUUAUGUCUGUUUUAUGUACUGUAUGUCUUAUUUUGCACAUAAAAAAAAAAGCCAAUGUUCAUUCCCUUGGGGGUGAAAAGUUUCCUCAUUGAGAAUGUGUGUUGUACAUACGACACUUUAUACGUACAUAAUCUUGUACGCAAGCAUUUUAUUUGGCCUAUCACUUGGUAAUAUAGUGGUUAACUUUUAAAAUCUACACUUCAUAGGGUCGGUACAGAUGCUAUUACGACUAUUCAUAUCAACAAAAAUAUUUUAGGUAACUUUUUGAUAAAUAGGCUUGUUUAAAAUGUAACUCAGGUUUACAGUACAGCUGGAUAGUACCUGUGUUUUAUUUUCUGUGUAAAAUAAAGCUUAAAGCUUUUGGACUUCAGGGUUUCCCAGCCCA